AUGUCAACUUCUCCUCGUUCAAAGGAGUGGAUUGAGGACUCUGUCCACUCUGAUCGGAUGCAUGAGCCAUGCUUCUCAGACAAGGAUCAUGCUUGCCCUGCUUCACUACAGAAGUCUCCCGCGGUUACACCUACAAGCGGUGGCUCACUAUGGCCAUAGGGGGAAUGUGCUCAUCCCCUUAACCUACCGGGCCCUAGCCGACCCGGAGUGGUGGAUCUCAGAGAGCAAUCAUCUGAAUGGCUGUCCGAUACGACACCCCCCGAUCGACGCUACCCUUUAGACUGAUGCAUCCAAAAAGGGCUGGGGGCAGCAUAACAGGGAAUAUUUAUUGGGAGCCAUUGGAGUGUAGAAGAGGCGAAAGCGCACAUCAAUGUCUUGGAGUUACGGGCCGCCACUUAUGCCCUCAAAGCACUUCUACGGCACCUGCAACUUGUACCCAAACAUAGCCGCUUACGGGUAGACAACACAACUGCAGUGGCCUACAUCAAGGAGAGGGGGGAGACACGCCUCACUGCUCUGACAUCUCAGGGCUUUGAACUGUGGGCAGUAGCCCUGGAAGCAGGAGUGUUCUUGACAGCACAGCAUAUUAGGAAAAUUUGGAAUGCAGGACUAUAG